AUGGGUGGUACUUUGGAUAACGCUGCACCCGAAUAUCUCUAUGCGGAUAUUGACAUUGAAGACUCGUUUGAUCCAAUUACAGAUUUCCUAACCUAUUGCGCUGGACCGCUCACGUUUCUACCGUCGAGUACAUAUCUAUCUGCUCAGCCCACGGAUUCUGUUUCCUCCUCGGCCUAUACGAGUUUGGAGAAAGACUUAAGCGCUUUCCGGCAUAACUCUACGUCUGGCGAAUUCGCUGGAACGCCGGCCCUCAAAGACACCGGACCCCUUUCAUGGGUUUAUGAGACAGGAACCCGGCUCGAUUUUCAGUGCUUUCAAGACCCAUGGGCCUUUGAUCGAAUCCCCUCAAACAAUCUUCUCACGGAGCAACUCGAUCCUAGCUUCAGCUUCCAGUCUCCUGCUGGUAGCCAUGACAGUGAAACUUAUUCGCCCGAUGAUCCAGACCUAUUUACAGGAUCUGAGGGUUCAUCUACUUUCGGCUGUAGCUGCUACAAGCACGUAAUGGGUCAGUUGGUCAAAUCAGGCGUUAGAUCUGGAGCUAUCGGAUGCUCAAACAUAGAUGGUUUACUGGCAUGUCAGAAAGAUCUGGUUCUCCAGACAGAAGCCAUUCUACAAUGUAAAAUGUGCUCUCAGUCUCAGAACCAGGCAAACAUGCUCAUGAUCAUUAUUGUUGCGAUUGAUAGUCUGCUCACCAUACUUGACGCUGCAGUCACGCCUGCCAGAGCGAGCUGUUAUGAUGAAUUAACCGAGACGGGGGAAGGGACAGUGAGAAUGAAAAAGGAGUUGGGAGCAGGAUUCAUGUCUAGUAUUCAUGCCUGUCCUUUACUGGUCGGAGGAUUUCCGGUUCCAGCCGAGGAAAAAGCCUGCUUUAUCCGACAGGUGCUACAAGCUCGAUUAUCGAUGUUGUUGUUGGCUGUCCGGAGGAUUCGUGUCUGUAUGCAGCAGCACCUGACGGCAGCCCUUUCCCGUGGUCGAUUGUUGAUGAUUAUGGACACGGACCGACGACUUCAGUUGGUGAUGAUGAAGAUCAAAAUGGCUGUCAACUGA